AGUUCUCUCUCUGGCCAUCGCUCCUGCCAGGGACACCGGGAAGGACAUGGCCAACCUAACAGUCGAUCAAAAAGAUUCCAAGGGAACUGCGCAACAGCCUGGGGCCAAGCAGCGAAACUCGGUCUUCUCCCUCCUCGUCGCACUCGCUUUUCCGGAGCCUCCCUGCGUGCAGGCAACACUGGCCACGAGCGGCGGGGCUUGGGACGGGCAGUCUGCCCUCCUACCCUUCCGUCGCCCCCACCCCUCCCUUACUUGAGGCCGAUGGCAGAGACGUCCUCCUCCCCCUUCCCCUCCUCUUUGGUGCCUCCAGCCAGGAGGCGGGAGCGACCCACAGCAGCUGACCCAGCUCUGGCACUGCCUCUCCCACAGCCCUCAAGACACACCAUGGGCCCAGAGGCAGGUUUGCUACACAGCAGUGACGACGCAGGCGGCGGCCCCGGCGACACUCAACUGCCUCCCUGACCACAGCGACCACCGCCUAACACCCCCGAGAAGCCAUCGCCACCACCGGCAGGAGAACCCAGGCUCCAUUAAAGCCAUCUUCGCGAUCAACUCAAGCUACGUCAACAACUAUGGCGGGGGAGGGGCGGCGGGCGGAGGCGGUGCGGGAAGGAUGGGGUAUGCACGUCACCCCCAGGGCCCCCAUCCGAGAAGGAAGGGGCCGGCUCGCCCCUCAAAAUGGCGGCAGCAGCGACGCGCCUGCGUACGCAACUCCUCUGUCGCGCCAGGGCCGGCGGGAAGUGAGGUUUUCUGAGGCGCCGCCAGAAGUGUACGGUGACUUCGAGCCCCGGGCGGCCAAAGAAAGAUCCCCGGUGGGAAAACGAAUCCGGCUCGAAGAGUUCCGGCAUGAUUCUGCGAAAGAGGAAGUGAGAGAAAGCGCGUACUACCUUCGGUCUAGGCAGCGGAGGCAGCCGCGACCCCAGGAAGCCGAGGAGAUGAAGACGCGAAGGGCCAGCCGCCUUCAGCAGCAGCACCCCGAGCAGCCUCCGCUACAGCCGUCUCCCGCCACGACUAGGAGAGGGCUGCGGGACUCUCAUUCCUCUGAAGAGGAUGAACCAUCUUCCCAAAGUGAUUUAAGCCAAACGAUCUCAAAGAAGACUGUCAGGAGCACACAGGAGACUCCAGUCUCCCAAGAUCUUGUAAUCAGCUUAUGUCGACCCCCUCUAAGAAACCCAAGAUCUGAAGCCAUCAGUGUCCAACAGAAGGUCAUUUUCUCUGAAGAAGGAGAAACUGAAGAAGAUGAUCAAGACAGCUCUCAUAGCAGUGUCACUACUGUUAAGACCAGAUCCAGGGAUUCUGAUGAAGCUGGAGAUCAAACCACCAGAUCAUCUAGUAAAUAUACAGAAUCAUUUUGGCAGUCAUCACAAAGUCGAAACUUCACAGCUCAUGAUAAGCAACCUUCAGUGCCGAGCUCAGGAUAUCAAAAAACUCCCCAGGAAUGGUCUCCACCUACUGCAAGAAUAAGGACUAGGAUGCAAAAUGACAGCAUUCAGAAAUCAGAGCUUAGAAACCAGUCACCGUCAACCUCCAGCCGACAAGUGACUGGACAACCCCAAAACGCAUCUUCUGGCAAGAGGAGCUGGUGGUGGCCACUUGCUCUGUUUGCUGCUCUUACCUGUGGGAGUUUUUGGUUCUUCAGUACUCCUGAGGUAGAAACCACUGCUGUUCAAGAGUUCCAGAACCAGAUGAAUCAACUGAAGAAUAAGUACCACGGUCAAGAUGAGAAGCUGUGGAAAAGGAGCCAGACGUUCCUGGAAAAACAUCUUAAUAGCUCCCAUCCUCGGUCUCAGCCUGCUAUCUUGCUGCUCACUGCUGCCCGAGAUGCUGAAGAAGCACUUAGGUGUCUGAGUGAACAAAUUGCUGAUGCCUAUUCUUCUUUCCGUAGUGUUCGUGCUAUCCGGAUUGAUGGGACAGGCAAAGCUACUCAAGACAGUGAUACCGUCAAACUAGAGGUAGACCAGGAACUGAGCAAUGGAUUUACGAAUGGCCAGAAUGCAGCUGUGGUACACCGCUUUGAGUCACUGCCCGCAGGCUCUACUUUGAUCUUCUACAAAUAUUGUGACCAUGAAAACGCAGCCUUCAAAGAUGUAGCCUUAGUCCUGACUGUCUUACUGGAGGAAGAGACACUUGGAACCAGCCUAGGCCUAAAGGAAAUUGAAGAAAAAGUUAGAGAUUUCCUCAAAGUCAAGUUCACCAAUUCUAACACACCCAACUCCUACAAUCAUAUGGACCCAGACAAAUUGAAUGGCCUCUGGAGCCGUAUUUCUCACUUAGUUCUGCCUGUGCAACCUGAAAAUGCCCUAAAAAGGGGCAUCUGCUUAUAAGAAGUGAGAGAGGAGAAAAAUCAUGUCCCAAGUUCUGAGAAUUUUUCACGCUUUCUAACCAGAGACAGAAUUCAGAGCUCUUUGAAAGAACUGGUUUCUUUUUAAAGGAAGUUAAGUUCUUACAUAAACAUGGAACACAUUUUAUUCAACCUAAUUAUCUGUGAUAUGAGAGAAUCAUUUCAGUUUCCGUUGAGAGCUGUGUUAAAGGUAUUUUAAGAGUGUAUAUUAUAUGUGGUUCCAUAGAGAAUCUGUUUUGAUUCUGGGCUAAAUUAUUACAGUUACAGUGUGACCAGUGA